CCUGGGCCAGAGUAUGGUCAUGGAUCGAAUUUUCUCUGGUAUCCAGCCAACUGGGACACCUCAUCUGGGUAACUACCUUGGAGCCAUUCAGAACUGGGUGAAUCUGCAGGAAGAAUGCAGCUCAGUGCUGUAUAGCAUUAUGGACAUGCACUCUGUCACCAUGCCCAAGGAACCAGCUGUCCUGCGCCAGAACAUACUGGACACUACUGCUGCCAUCCUUGCCUGUGGUGUUGACCCAAAGAAAUGCCUUCUGUUCCAACAAUCACUGGUUUCUGAGCAUGCAGAACUUGCCUGGAUUCUUGGGUGCUUAACUAACGUGCCACGUCUGCUACGCUUGCCCCAAUGGAAGACGAAGCAUGCCAGCCAGAAUAACGAAGGAACUGCGGGUUUGUUGACUUACCCUGUGCUUCAAGCAGCAGAUAUUUUGCUGUACAAGUCGACACAUGUUCCCGUUGGAGAAGAUCAAGUCGUGCACCUGGAACUAGCCCAAGAUAUAGCACAACAUUUCAACAAGAAAUAUGGAGAAUUCUUUCCUGUGCCCAAAACCAUUUUAAGUACAAACAAAAUAAAAUCCCUCAGAGACCCAACAGUGAAGAUGUCCAAGUCAGACCCACAGAAGUUAGCUACUGUAAACAUAGCAGACAGCCCUGAUGAAAUAGUGCUGAAAUUUCGCAAAGCUGUAACUGACUUUACCUCUGAGGUGACCUACGAUCCAGCCAGUCGCCCUGGUGUGUCAAAUUUGGUGUCCAUUCAUGCUGCAGUAACAGGACUUAGCAUCAAAGAAGUGCUUCACCAAGCUGUUGGUCUUGACACUGCACAGUACAAAAUGGUGGUGGCAGAGUCUGUUAUUCAAAAAUUUGCACCGAUCAGGAGCGAAAUCAAGAAACUACAGGAAGACAAAUCCCAUCUGAUGAAAGUUUUAGAAGAUGGAGCAGAAAAAGCCAAAGAACUGGCUGCCCCCAUCUAUCAAGAAAUAAGAAGACUGGUGGGAUUUCAGUAGAAACUGCUGAGUAGCUACAGAACUUCUCUUU